ACUAGUGAAAGUUGAAAGAGUGCUUUAAUAUUUCCUUACAAUUAUUAUAUAUAGAAGCAGAUGUAACCCAACCAAAACACAAACAAAAUAGCAAAUUAGGUUUAGUUCUUAUCUAAUCAUGAAGCAUGUUUCAUCACUCACCCUUUCUUUCCUCCUCUUUGUUUUCAUCACCAAUCUUUCACUAGCAAUUUCAAAUGACGAUGUUGAGCAAGUGCUGGACAUAAAUGGUAACGCCAUCUUCCCAGGUGGCGAAUACUACAUUUUGCCAGCACUUCGCGGCCCAGGAGGCGGAGGAGUAAGGAUAGGGAAAACUAGCAAUUCAAAGUGUCCGGUUACUGUCCUACAAGAUCGUAGAGAAGUUAGAAAUGGUUUACCAGUGAAGUUCACUAUACCAGAUAUAAGCACUGGUAUAAUAUUCACUGGUACACCAAUUGAGAUCGAGUUCAUUAAGAAGCCUAAUUGUGCUGAAUCAUCAAAAUGGUUGGUAUUUGUCGAUAAUGUUAUUCAAAAAGCCUGUGUUGGUAUUGGUGGUCCGGAAAAUUAUCCUGGUGUGCAAACAUUGACUGGCACAUUUAAUAUUCAUAAACAUGAAUCUGGAUUUGGUUAUAAACUUGGAUUUUGUGUCAAGGGAUCACCUACUUGUUUGGAUAUUGGGAGGUAUGAUCAUGAUGAAGCUGGAAAACGUUUGAAUUUGACUGAACAUGAGUCUUAUCAUGUUAUCUUUGUUGAAGCUGCUUCUAAUGAAGCUGAGUUUAUUAAGUCUGUUGUUUAAAUUCCUAAUUAGCCAUAACGCUUAUGUAACUUUAGUUUUAGUUGUGUUGAACUUUGUUGUUGCACAAUUUAAGCUACAAUAAGACUAAGAUAGUUUUGCA